AGUCAACUUAACCUAACAUUUUACUACCCAGGCUACAACUUAAGAUUUUUAUUAAUUAUAAUUAAAUAAAAUAAUGUAAUGGCAUUAAGAGUUCAAAGCACUGUAGGGCUUCGGCUACUUCAAGAAGUUUGCCAUGGUUUUUUGGCCCCAAUCGCCGUAUCAGCGAAUACACAAAUCGUGCGGCACAGAAGAACCAAGCAUUGGGACCCCAAAUGGAAGUUCUUCCGUCGAUUGAAAGUGAUGCCGGUGAAAUUGCCGAAUUUUCAAGAGAAGGCCGAAGAUAUAACCGACGAAGAAAUGAGAGAGAAAUUGAAGGAGCGAGGCAUGCUGCCUACUAGGCCUUGGAUGGAGAGACAGUUUUUUCUUCACUCAACAGGAGGGGUUUUCGAACCUUAUGUACCGCCCGAAGGAGAUGGAAAAGUAUCUCCAAUAUCUAAGCAGGGGGCGAUGCAGAGCCUGCGAUUCUUGGAGAAGAAGUCGAAGACCAUGUUAGCUAUUAGGAAAGUGAAACAAUACGAGGAGGAUUUCGAAACGGUCAAAUUUUGCAAAGAAGUCACGGACAUUUACACGAAAAUGCACCAGUACAUGAACGAAACGGACAAAGAAAAACUAAUCGACUUCGUAACCGAAAGAGCUUACCCGGAGGUCAUUCACAACAUCAAAAACAAAACCAUCCGCUGGAAAUUUAUCAAGGAAAUAGAGUUGCCGAGAAUCGUGCAUGCCAGAUGUACCGAUGUAGUAACGAAAGAUAAUAUAUUCGCGCAACUUACAGUACGGUUUCACACACAACAGAUUUUAGCUAUAUACGAUAGAUUCGGGCGGUUGAUGCAUGGCAGCGAAAUCUUAGCCAAGGACGUGCUGGAGUAUGUAGUGUUUGAGAAAAAUAUAUCAAAUCAAUACGGUACUUGGAGAGUGCACGCCAAGAUAAUCCCCGAUUGGCUGCCGCCCAAAGAACCUUCUAAGAUAACUUACAAGAGAAAACCGGAACCGGUCAAACUGAUUGAAGAUACAACUGCUAAAGUUCCAGCACCAUCUGAAGAGAAAAAUGUAAACGAAGAGAAGCUUAAUGUAGCGUAAUAACUAAAUUAGAUUGAAUUAGAUUGUUGGAAUAAAGGUUUUUUUUAAAUGU